UGCCUGUGCAUACAUAAAGCAUACUGAUUGUAGACAGUCUCUAUAAGAGGCCAGACACACUAAGCCUACACAUAGACAGUACAAAGGGAGCCACUGGGUGCAGGCAGCAAGUUUACACAGCUAUACAAAAAGAAAAGGCCACACUUUACUUUUUUUUUAAUAGAGAUACAAGCUGCACUCUUAAGACAUGGGCACGCAUGGAUCCAAGCCUCGGAAACAAGCGCAGGUCCUGAUGCUGGGUCUGGACGGAUCAGGGAAGACCACCCUGCUCUACAGGCUGAAGUACAACGAGAGCGUGGUGACUGUGCCAACUGUGGGCUUCAACGUGGAGACGCUGGAGACUGACAGGAGCAGCCCGGGCCUGACGGUGUGGGACGUGGGGGGCCAGAAGAAGAUGAGACCCCAUUGGAGGCAUCACUAUACUGACACAGCUGGACUGGUCUUUGUAGUGGACAGCUGGGAUCAGAGGCGGCUGGAUGAGGCCCGCAAAGAACUUCACCGGGUCCUGAAGUACGAGAGUCUCAAAGGGGUUCCUCUCGUGGUCCUUGGCAACAAACAGGACCUCCAUGGUGCUCUAAGUCCAGAAACGCUUUGCCUGACACUGGACCUGAGUAGAGUGUGCGAGGGCAGGCCCUGGUUUAUCCAGCCCUGUUCAGCCACCACCGGCAUGGGACUAGAGGAAGGUUUCAGGAGGAUAGUCUAUCUGAUGAAGACUCCAUUUAAACAGACUCAAGAGGACAUUAAGGUUAAGAUGAAGUCUAAGGGCAUCAGUGUCACAGCUGUGAAACAAGUCUUGAUCUGCAGUGGAUGAUAAACGAUCAUCUUUCUUGGAGAUGCAUUCAAAUGAUGUUCAGGAUUCCUUCUCGUCUGCCUGUGUAAGUCGUCCGCUAAUGGCCUCACUGUGGCGUCUAUAGGAUCAAAUGAGAGGAGGUGAUGAGAAAAGGGAUGAGAUUAUAAUAAUAUAAAGUGUUAAUCUCAGUGGCAGAAAGAACUUUUACUCAAUCCUGGUGAAGACAAAGUGCCUUUGAACUGUGGUGGUAACCCAUGAGGAUGCCGUGAGUAAUCUUGGGUUAUGCCAGCUAAUGUAUCACAAGCUGAUAGUAGCCAUUUGCUAAACAGUAUGUUUGCGAUAAUUCAGUCUGAGUGUGCAUACUGGUCAUGAAAGACGGACUGAGAAAAAACCUGUUUGUUUGGUCAAGUUUCUGUGGAUCAAAGAAAUGUUGUUCUUCAAUUGUGCAUUAUCUGUUCAGUUUAGUUGGUUUAUGUGUUAUUUAUUAAUUUGUAUGCAAUAUUAAACUUGUUAUGUGCUUAGUAUUUCAUACAAGCUUCAUUUAUUUGGAAUUACAGUGUUGUCACACUUAAAUUAAAUUGUAUAGAUUUUCUUCAGCAACAUAAAUGGGACCAAACUAAAACCUAAAACAUAUACAAAAUACUGUAUAUAUAUCCUCAAUUUAGCUAGGAAGGUUCCCGUUGUUUUACAAGAUCUCUUCUUCGAGGGGGUCCUGGUAUAUAGUGUUGUAAAGUAUACAUGUCGUUACAUCAAACUAAUUAAAGCCAUGGCAGAACUGUCAAGUCAUUUCAUGUCAUGAUUUGAACAUGUGUUUCAUGUUAUGCUGGCGCUCUUUGAGUGUUGUUUUUGUCUUUUUGUUGCAAUGAAAUAAAGAUGUUAAAAUA